UUCGAGUGAUGUGUGUGGUACUUAAUCGCAGCAGCAUCUGAUGGGCUGCAUUUCAGACUACUGUACUUAAGAAGAAUGCAGCGCAGGUUUUCCUAGUUUGUUCAGAGCCCAUCCUUUCCAAGCUCUAAGCAAAAACACAACAUUUCAGAACUAUGACGUUACCGUCGCUUAUGAGUGAAUUGUAAUGAAAUUAUUCUAAAUGAAUCUCUUUCGCGUAGAAUUACGAUUCUAUCUCGUGAUCUCGCACUUUUAUAUCGUGUAGGGGGCGGCAGACCCUGAAGGAGAGGAACAGAGACGAAGUGAAGAAGAGAGGAUUAUAAACUUGGACUGUUCUCAACCCCACCCCCAUCAUUUUCGAAGCCAGAUUGAACUGCAAACUUUUAUCCCUGGCAUCAAUUUAAGGAAUUUGCAGGACACCAUGAUGUCUUACAUCAAAACCCUGCUUCUGUUUACGCUAUUGUGCACGCCAACCACCAGCUUCUGUUACAGACUCUAUCAAAGUGAAUCCAACUUUCUCUGCAACAAUGAAAUCCUUUCAGGGGCAAAGAAAAGCGACCUCCAGGACAACUACCUACCUGAAAGAAGGAGGUUCCUCUACCUUCCUGGGGGUGACCUCUCGUCUGGAGAAUUAAGAGAAAAAAGGACGUUUCCCGCCUCGCAGUACAAAUACCUGCGCCAGACUCAGCUGAAGGGGAAGAUGUACCAGAACAGUGCCAAAAGUGACCGCCGGACCAAAUUCACCUUGUCCCUAGAUGUGCCCACCAAUAUCAUGAACAUCCUUUUCAACAUUGCAAAAGCAAAAAACUUGCGAGCAAAGGCGGCAGCCAACGCUCGCCUCAUGGCUCAGAUCGGGCGAAGGAAGUGAAGGGAUUUCGGAGCAGCUCUGUGGAGUCUGUUACGUUUUUUUUUUAAGUCUAUAUAUUGUUUUCUCUCUGCCAUUUUGGGUUGUGUUAGAGCUUAGGUUUCAAAAAUAAACAUUUGCUUCUGACGAGCAAUACUGUAUCCGGCGGUGCUCUUCUCAUCUUGGAGUGUUGUUUCGCUGGUAUUGAUAGUGUCCCCUCGCUUUUGAAAUAACGUGGUGACAAAAACAAUGAAAGAGCGAAAGCUCUCAGUAGUGUCCAAUAACAUAAAAUAAGUGAGAAGUCAAGGUUAUUUAACCACAUAGAAAAACAGCAAUUAUGUUUAGCCUAGGUAGACCUGGCAUGAGCCAAACUGAAUAGGAAGCAAUCCUGCCAAAUUAUCAGAACUGUCACUGCAGUGCAGGUAGAGCAACUCAAGGUUUAUUUGUUAUGAAAAAACUGGAACGAGGAACUUACUGUUGAGGAUACUCUUGCACAGACGUCUGGAGAUGAUUGGAUGGCUUCUAAACAAACAUUGUAUUUGCAAAAUUAACAGAAUACUCAGAUACAUUUUGAGAGGUGCAAAAAGAUUUUUAAAAUGCCAUAAAUACUGACACUAAAUUUAAAAUGGAUUAUAAUGAAAUGUUGUGAAUUACUGAAAACAAGGUUAAGGCAUUAAGGACGAGAACUUUUAAAAUGUGCAUUACACAGCAUUCCUUAAACCCUUGAAUGAGCCUGGAAAUACAAAAAUUGAAUAGUUCUUUUUGGGAACUGAACUUAACAUACUGUAAUAAAGACACUUUUCAGCAAUGUUUUUAUAAGGUUUGCAUCGCUCAACCUUUAAUAAAAGAGAACAUUGAA